AAAGCAUUAACUGAUAGUCCAACAGGCGAAACAGAAAUGUAUUUUGAUAAUAUACAUUUAUCACCACUCAAAAUUCAUGUUAGUUUUUCAAUGCAUGGAUCAAAAUCAAGUCAAGUAUUAUUAGCUGAAUAUCCAUUAGUUGCAUUUUUAUUACAAACAUUAAAUGUUGCAGAAGUACAAGAUGUUAUUUUACGUUUGGGUUACUAUGAACGAAUACACGAUCGAUAUACAAUAACAAAAUUAUCGAAUGAAGUUUCAUCUCAUUAUCAAAAUCAAUUUAUGAAACAACUUCAUGUACUUGUUCUUGGUCUUGAUGUACUUGGAAAUCCAUUUGGUGUUAUUCGUGGUCUUGCUGAAGGUGUUGAAUCAUUUUUUUAUGAGCCAUAUAGAGGUGCAAUUGAAGGUCCAGUGGAAUUUGCUGAAGGUGUAGCAACAGGUGUUCGAACAUUAGUUGGUUCAGCUGUUGGUGGUGCUGCUGGUGCAUUUUCAAAAAUAACUGGUGUACUUGGAAAAGGUUUAGCUACAUUAACAUUUGAUGAAGAUUAUAAAAUUUCACGUAUAAGACGAAAAGAACCAACAACUCAUAGAACUACUGAUAUUACUAUUGGAGGAAGAAAUGUUGUUAUGGGUUUUGUUAAUGGUGUAACAGGUGUUGUUACAAAACCAGUUUCAGGUGCUAAAGAAGGUGGUGCAUCAGGAUUUGUUAAAGGUUUAGGAAAAGGUUUUAUUGGUCUUGUUACAAAACCAACAGGUGGAAUUGUUGAUUUUGCAAGUACUUCAUUAGAUCUAAUAAAACGAACUGCUCAACAAGAAGAAGUUGUACGUCGUGUUCGUUAUCCACGUCAUGUUGGUCGUGAUGGUCUUGUUCGACCAUAUAUUUCUCACGAAGCAAUGGGAUUUUUUAUUUUAAAUAAAUUAAAAAAUGGGAAAUAUGCUAAAACAGAUACGUAUGUUGCACAUAUAACUUGUUUAGACAGUCCACCAUCUUGGUUAUUAGCUACGUCAAAACGUUUAUUAUUUAUAACUGAAAUAUCAUUUCUUGGUUUAUAUGAAAUUGAUUGGCGAAUUGAAUAUGAAGAUUUAAGAGAAGAACCAGUUGUGAAAUCUUAUUCAAAUCAAAUACAAAUUCUUACAAAAGAACCAAAGAAAACUGGAACAUUAAAGUCAACUCGUUCAUUUGGUAAAAUGGUUAUAUAUCGAAAUAUAUCUGAAGCUCGAGUAGAAUAA